AUGGCGAAAGUGAAUCAUCCUUUCAGCCAUUCAGAGCAUUCCAUUUCCUCGUCUAACAACAAUGUUAUAUUCCGUUAUGUCAUCUCGGUAGUGAACAGCCAACAACAGAUCGCUUACAACAACAACAAAAGUGCCCCUGAUCCAAACGACAUCAAUAACCACUACAACAACAGCUUCAACAACAACAGCAUCGAUGACGCCGCCGACAACAACUUCAAUGCUGCAUACGGCAACACAAACAUCAAGAUGAACGACGGCAAAAGCGCAAAUGAGCACAGCCACAACAACUGUGUCGUAAACGAUUCGAAAAAAUUGGCAGCGCCGAAAUCUCAAACCACCAACCGCUACAAUCCUUACAGCGGCACGAACCGCACUUCAAUGGUGCACGGUAGAGGGCGAACCACAAAAACCCAACAAAACAAAUUCCAACGAAGCUUCCUUAAAAGUUCUGACCUUCGGGAGGAACAAGGAGGAGAGCUUGAAGAAGAAGAAGACUGCAACUCAAAUCUGAGUGCUGAGUUUACAAGUAAAUUAAGUUCUUUUCUACAAAUUGAUUGA